GCGCUCCUGUGGAGAAGCCAAACGCUGUUUUCCCUGCUUAUGAGACGCGCAAACAGAGAAACCUCUCUGCCUCCUCGCCUGCUGAGAGGAAAAGCAUCAUCACCACCUCACUUCUGCACAGACCGAGAACCUGAAGCAGCUGAAGAGCACAUAAGUAAGAAAAGCGGCUUGGUGAACUCUUUAGACCCAAUUUAUAUCAGCAGCGAAGGCUGCAAACACAGAAGUGCAGUUUUAGGAUUUGGACCAUGAAAAUAGUCCAGGUAGGUUUUUUUAUUCCCCUUUAAGGCAACAACUUGUGCGUUAAUGCUUAAUCUGGAGGGAAAGUGGAGGAAAAGACCAGAGACGCUCAGUUUUGGAUUUGCAUUUAAAAACCCCGGGAUGUAGUAUUUUGGGGUUUGUUUUCCUUUUUUGCUCGGACCUGUUGGGGGGAGAGGAUCUGGACUCCCAGGAUGAACUUCCCAAUCUAAGUCUGCGUACUUCUUGCGCUUUGAAGACAUUUUUAAAUCAUGGGUUGAAAGCGGAGAAGAUGUACUGCGGGGACACUCAACGUGGGAGGGAGCUGAUUUUUCUCUGUUAUGUAAUGAUUGACAGCGCCUGAUAAGAAAUUGGUAAAAAAAAAACAACCCGCACCACUUUCCCCAACCCCCUUCCCCUGUCUGUCCAAGAAGUGUGCUUUUUACCCAUAUUUAUAAUUUAGUAAAAACUGAUACCAUUAAAGCUAUUAAUGGUGUAACUUGAUGAUCUCUUUUUAAAUCUGUCAGAAAACCUAAAAACCAGAAAUCCUUGUUAGUCAUUAGUUACCCUUGUUUCUCCCUCCACCGGAUGAUCUCUUGUUGUUUUUCAUGUUUUAUCUGUAAAUUGUGAAUCAUGAUGUCUCAAACUCUUGACCUUCUCUAUGGUGGAGUCAAAAUGACUACAACUUCAGGAAACCAGACUAUCACCAGCGUCCUGAGCUUCAUUUUGAGCUUUGAACACUCUUCAUGGUGUAACAUGCUAUAAUGCUCAUCCUUAGGGAUAUGUAGUCAUUCUGAAACUCUCAGUCCCUUCACCUUUGUGACUUUCUGUCUCUGAAUACCAAAGGUAAAUAGUUAAACUUCAGCAGAGACUUUCUUGGGCCCUCCCUCCCCCCAACUCAUCAGGGCUGGUGGGGAGGGUGGAGGCGAAACUCCAGCUGGUGGUGUUCACACACACCAAGGGGAAGGCUCCCACCAUGGAGUCCAACCCGGAGAGCCCCAACCGGGCCGUGGAGUACCUACUGGAGCUCAACAACAUCAUCGAGAGCCAGGCCAAGCUCCUCGAGACGCAGCGCCGGCGCAUUGAGGAGCUGGAGGGCCAGCUGGACCGGGUCAGUCAGGAAAACCAGGACCUGAGGCUGGAGCAUGGCCCACAGAGGUCCGACACCCCAGAGCAGAACCACAACCACAGCCCGCCUCUGACCCUUCCGGUCCAACCAGGCGGUGGCGGGGGCUGCAGCGGGAGUGGUGGCACCUCAACGCCUCAGGUGACAUCUGGAUCAGCCACAACUCCAGGGCCCAGCAGGGAGCGGAGGAGCCACGCUAGACUGACGCGAGGCCUUUCCUGCGGUUCCUCCAACACGGACCGGGACCGGCUGGAACGCACUGACAGCACAGACACCAACACCAGCUCCAGCGCACGCAGGAAUGUGGAGGGGGAGUCCCAGUGUCCGGAGACGGUCGCUCACAAAGACAGCUCCUUCAGCCAGUCGCCUUAUCUCCACGGCUCAGAGCGAUACACUGACAGCGGCGGCAGCGGCGCCCCCUCGGCUCCCAGGGGCCCGGCCAGCGUGGCCACCUCCAGCCCGGCCAGCCUGGCCUGGGCUCUGCGGAGCCGUCACCAGCCGGCAAGCCUGGCUCUCCGCAAACAGGAAGAGGAGGAGAACAAGAGGUGCAAGGCCCUGUCUGACAGCUAUGAGCUCUCCACAGAUCUGCAGGAUAAGAAGGUGGAGAUGUUGGAGAGAAAGUACGGAGGCUCUUUUGUAAGUCGCAGAGCAGCCAAGACCAUUCAGACGGCCUUCAGACAAUAUCGCAUGAAUAAGAACUUUGAGCGACUCCGAAGCUCGGCCUCAGAGAGCCGCAUGACUCGGCGCAUCAUCCUGUCCAACAUGAGGCUGCAGUACUCCUUUGACGAGCGCCAGCCGCAGCAGCAGGCGCAGACGCAGACCAACUUCACCCACAGCGUGGCCAUCGGGCCUCCUCACUCCCCGGAUCCGGACCGCGCCCCCGACUACACCCAUCUGGAGGAUUCCUUCUCCAAACAGGUCAAGUCCUUGGCCGACUCCAUAGAUGACGCCCUCACCUGCCGUGCGGGUCGCGAUGACUCCCAGGAGGGCAGCAGGGAGGGUGGACCAAUCAGUGAAGACUUUGGAGAGUGCAUGUGGAGUAGCAGCAGCAACCCGUCUUCCCAGAGAGGCUUGGGAGAAAGAGGCAGAGGAGCUGGGGGGGGACACAGCAUGCAUGGUGACAGUACUGCCACGUCUUACAGUGACGUCACUCUUUACAUGGACGAUGGGAUGCCAUCUUCUCCUCUGUCCCUCGACCGGGCACCCAGCAGCACAGAUACAGAGUACUGGGGCCCCAGCGGUGGUGUCGGAGGCCGUGAGGACAGCAGGGACACUGAAGGAGGGGGAAGCAGCAACAGCCGGCGCAGCACCCCAUGCACCGAGUGCAGAGAUUACCGACUAAGGGGGGCCCACCUGCCACUUCUCACCAUCGAGCCACCCAGUGACAGCUCAGUAGACAUGAGCGAUCGUUCAGACCGAGGCUCCCUGAGCAGACAGUUGGUGUAUGAGCAAGAACCCGGAGUGGGGUCGGGCUCCCCACAGGGAACCCUCAAACACACCCCCAACUCAGGCACCCACCCGUCCUCGGCUGCAGCUGCCCAGGGUCAGACCAGGCCACCUGGCAGAUCCAUACCCACUCAUAUCCCUCACCAGGUGGCAGCCCACCACCACCAUCACCACCAUCCCAUCCAUCACCAUCAGUACUCUGACACGCCCUCAUCCUCUUCCUCACCCCAGCAGCCCCCCACCACUCCGCUGUCAUCUUCCUCCUCGACAGCUCUACCGCCCGGCGCUCUGGAGCAGCCAUGCUGCUCCGACGGAGACAACGACUCCCUCAACUCCACCACCAACUCCAACGAGACAGUCAACUGCAGCUCAGGCUCCUCAUCUCAGGACAGCCUGCAGGAGCCUCUUCCUCCUCUGGGCAAGCAGACAUAUCAGAGGGAGAGCCGCCACAGCUGGGACUCUCCACCCUUCAACAGCGACGUGGUGCAGAGACGCCAGUACCGCAUUGGUCUCAAUCUCUUCAACAAGAAACCUGAAAAGGGCAUCCAGUACCUGAUAGAGAGAGGCUUUGUGUCGGACACUCCGGUUGGGAUCGCUCGCUUUCUUUUGGAAAGAAAAGGCCUCAGCCGGCAGAUGAUUGGCGAGUUUCUUGGAAACCGACAAAAACAGUUCAACAAAGACGUUUUGGACUGUGUGGUGGAUGAGAUGGAUUUCUCAGGUAUGGACAUCGAUGACGCUUUGAGGAAAUUCCAGGCGCAAAUUAAAGUUCAAGGGGAAGCCCAAAAGGUGGAGAGACUUAUAGAGGCAUUCAGUCAGAGGUACUGCGUGUGCAAUCCAACCCUGGUUCGGCAGUUCCAGAACCCUGACACCAUCUUCAUUUUGGCGUUUGCCAUAAUCCUCCUCAACACGGACAUGUACAGCCCCAACAUCAAAGCAGAGAGGAAGAUGAAACUAGAAGAUUUCAUCAAGAAUUUGAGAGGUGUGGACAAUGGUCAGGAUAUUCCCCGGGACCUGCUGGUUGGGAUUUACCAGCGAAUACAGAAAUGGGAGUUACGGACCAAUGAUGAUCACGUCUCACAGGUGCAAGCAGUGGAAAGGGUCAUUGUUGGCAAAAAACCUGUGCUGUCCCUUCCCCAUCGCCGGCUGGUGUGUUGUUGCCAGCUCUACGAGGUGCCUGACCCCAACAGACCUCAGAGGACAGGGGUUCACCAGCGAGAAGUCUUUCUCUUUAACGACCUGCUGGUGGUAACCAAAAUCUUCCAAAAGAAGAAAACCUCAGUAACUUAUAGCUUCAGACAAUCUUUCCCUUUGGUUGACAUGCAAGUCCACAUGUUUCAGAACUCAUAUUACCCUCAUGGCAUCCGCCUGACCUCAUCCAGCCUCGGCGGAGAGAGAAAGGUUCUUAUCGUCUUUAUGGCACCCAGUCAGCAAGACCGCACCCGGUUUGUUAGUGACCUCAGGGAGAGUAUUGCUGAAGUCCAAGAGAUGGAGAAAUACAGAGUGGAGUCGGAACUGGAGAAACAGAAAGGUGUGAUACGGCCCAGCUUGCUGACGGGCACUGUGGUUGGAGGAGGCGUAGGUGUGAAGAGCGAUGUUGUGAAUGGCACCUUGGGAAGGACGAGUUUUGAUGACAACUGCUCAGUGGGUGAGGGUCUGAAGCGCACAGCGCUCAGCUCAUCUCUCAGGGACCUCUCGGACACAGGGAAACGUGGUCGCAGGAACAGUGUUGGUUCUCUGGACAGUACAAUGGAACAGCCCGCAGCCUCACCAGCGCUAUCCAAUGCCGGGUGUGAUCCCUGGCUGCUACGGCACAGAAGAUUUCCGGCCUCACCGCCCCAUCCUGAGCCCCGGAUCGGGGGUGGGGGGUGGGCCGGGGCAGCAAAUUACCACUGCUGGGACAGGAGUUGGGGGAGUCUCCAGCAGUGCAGAGAGAGCAGGAGCGGGGGGCGGCCCUGGGGGGAGCAACAGCAGCAACAACAGCAGCUCCUUCCUGGGUUCACUCUUCGGCAGCAAACGCGCCAAACCACCAGGGCCCCUUAUUCCACCGGGGCCACCAUACCCCGCACCUGUACCCCCACUGACUACUGGAGGAGCCCCUCCUCACUCCCCUUCAUCCCUAUGCCAGCUGGAGGGAGGGGCUUCCAAGAUUCAGGCACUGCACGCACAGUUCUGUCACGUGGGCACAAUACAGCCUCCGCCACCUUACUACCAUCACCAUCGCUUUCACGUCCAGCCCGCGCCCCCUCCUUUGCAAGGUGUGCCCCCUCAUACUUUACAGAGAGGCCCACUACCCUGUCGUCCUCCUGUUGGGCCACCGCACGUCCAGCACCCGCAGCUGGCCCAUCUCUCCCAGCUCUCCCAGCAUGGGCUUCAGGGUCGCUACACCAACAUGGUGGUCGGAUGUCCCCCCCCUCUUUCUCCUCUCUCCCAACAUUCCCAGAACCAGCAGUUCGCCCUCUACCACAUGCAGCCCACACAAUCUGCCAGAGGGGCCGUCGGCCCUGGUUCCAAACCCCCGCUAACGUUGUCUCUUUCCCACCCCCACGCACACUCCCAAACCCACCCCAGGCACGCACAAACGCCCCACCCAACCAGCCAUUCCACCCAUCAAACACACUUUAUAUUCGGCACGCUGCCCCACAACCUGCCAUCCGCCUCCGUCAGUGCGCAUCACGCAGCAUCCGCCGGCCCGUAUCUGCCCCAGUACCCUCCUCUCUCCUCUAUCCCCCCUCCCCCACCACACUCCCCUUUACCCCCCCCUUUGUCCCCCCUUACCCCUCUUACACCUCUCUCCCCUCACCCCCCCCAGCACCCAGGGCAGCCUCCGCAGGGGCCGCAGGUGACAGGGGCUGGAUCGACAGGUACGGUGGGCAGCUCCAAAUCCAAACCUAUCAACCGGAUAAGCACCGUGGUGUGAGCCGGACGUGGAGCUCCAGGGGCCACCGCUUCGAGGACAGAUACGAGGAGGCGGGCAGGUCCCGGACCCGGAGCAAGUCCGCCCGGACCGAGAGCAACAGCAGCAGCGCUGGAGACAAGAGGAAACGCAGGCUGCUGCGUCUCUGCUACUUUCACCUUCGCUUCCCACAUAUGUAGGCGGAGCUAAAGUUUGUUCAAAGUAAAAAAAAAUCUGAAACUGAAAAAUAAAGAUUUUAAUCUGAAAAGUAGAUUUUAACUUUCCUUUAAAUUUCAGAUCUUUAUUUUC